AUGCCGGGGCAGCCGCGGAGCGAUAGCCACCCCAAAAGCGCAUCGCGGCCCCCGCCUGUCGAUGCAGGAUACGGCACGGAGGAGGGAGUGUCCCUUGGUCAGGGCUCGGCUGUCGCCUGCCGGCCGCAUCUCCACCCCCAGCCUGCUCCUGGCGGGUUUUGCAGCAGCCGCACGUCGGGUGUUUCACCUGGGACCGGGGACAGUGCAGCCUGACACCCCGGGCAGGGGAGAAUGUGUUUUGAAGUGACAAAGGGUAGGAGCUUCUCUUUAGAGAACGGAGGCGAGUGUAUAGAACAACAACACAUGUACCACAGGAACUGGGACAGAUCAUGGACUCAGAAACAUUUGAAAAAUCUCGACUCUAUCAGCUGGAUAAAAGUACUUUCAGCUUUUGGUCGGGCCUCUAUUCAGAGGUUGAGGGCACUAUGAUUCUCCUCUGUGGAGGAAUUCCUUUUCUAUGGAAACUGUCUGGUCAGAUCUCUGGUCGUGCUGGGUUUGGACCAGAAUAUGAGAUUGUUCAGUCACUGGUAUUUCUGCUGCUUGCAACACUCUUCAGUGCAGUGACUGGUCUCCCAUGGAGUUUAUAUAAUACAUUUGUCAUAGAAGAGAAACAUGGCUUCAAUCAGCAGACGCUGGGAUUUUUUUUUAAGGAUGCUAUCAAGAAGUUUGUUGUGACUCAGUGUAUUCUGUUGCCAGUGACAUCCCUUCUGCUUUACAUUAUUAAAAUAGGGGGAGACUACUUUUUUAUCUAUGCCUGGCUCUUCACAUUAGUUGUUUCCUUGGUGCUUGUUACAAUCUAUGCAGACUAUAUUGCACCCUUGUUUGAUAAAUUCAUUCCGCUUCCGGAGGGAGAGCUCAAGCAGCAAAUUGAAACAAUGGCAAAGAGCAUUGACUUCCCAUUGACUAAGGUGUAUGUUGUUGAAGGUUCUAAGCGUUCUUCCCAUAGCAAUGCUUAUUUCUAUGGAUUCUUCAAGAAUAAGCGGAUAGUACUCUUUGACACACUCCUGGAAGAGUAUUCUGCUUUGAACAAAGAACCAGCAGAAGGAGAAGAUGGUGAGAAUGAAGAAACAAAGUCUAAAACCAAAAAUAAGAAACAAGGAUGUAAAAAUGAAGAAGUUCUGGCUGUACUCGGUCAUGAAUUGGGUCACUGGAAACUAGGUCAUACUAUCAAGAAUAUAAUCAUCAGCCAGAUGAAUUCCUUCCUUUGCUUCUUCUUGUUUGCUGUGCUAAUUGGUCAAAAGGAGCUCUUUGCUGCAUUUGGUUUCUAUGACACCCAGCCUACCCUGAUAGGCUUGAUGAUCAUUUUCCAGUUCAUUUUUUCACCUUACAAUGAGGUUCUCUCCUUUUGUUUGACUGUAUUAAGCCGACGAUUUGAGUUUCAAGCAGAUGCAUUUGCCAAGGAACUUGGGAAAGCUAAAGACCUAUAUUCUGCUUUGAUCAAGCUAAACAAAGAUAAUUUAGGAUUCCCUGUUUCUGACUGGAUCUUUUCAAUGUGGCAUUACUCCCACCCACCCCUUUUAGAAAGACUCCAGGCCUUGAAAGAUGCAAAGCAAGAGUGACAGCAAUGAUUGCUGGUUCAGAGACAGUGCUUCCAUCUCAGAAGCAAAGUUCAGAGCUGCUUUUUAAUUUUUUUUUUAAACGGAUAAUGCGAAUUAAGUGCGCUGUUAACAGCACCACAGAUCCGAGUAUCCUGAAACAGGUAUUAAAUUAUAAAUGACUUAUUUUUAACAAAAACAAAACUGUGGAACUUGAUUUAGAAAAAGUGCUGGGUGAAGGGUGAAGACCUUCCCCCCCACCCACCCGCCACACUGACUUUUAUUUCCAUAUCAUAGUAUAGACUUUUAAAAGGAAGAAAACAAGUGUAGACUUCAAAGCACCUUUUUCUUCAGUUUGUGUAUGCCUUGAACGUUGCUUUUGAUCCUUUUUCUAUUCUCAGCAUUGUGUGAACCUUCCCAGUCUCACCCUCUUCACAGUGAAGAGGCUUUGGGUGACUUGAUUUCUGUAUGAUGAUGCUUGUGCUUGCCAGUGUGUUUUAAAAGGCUGAAUGCAGCUGCAGGCUUUGCUCCUGCCUUCAUGUCUGUCAUAAUGAAAAAUGCUCCUUUAAUAAAACCUUCUCUCUCUGAAGUGUGGGAAGAAGGAUGAAUU